AUGCGCUCGCGGCCGCAGCCGCAGCAGCAGCAGCGGCAGUCGCAGCAGCAGCAGCAGCAGCGGCAGCAGCAGCCGCAGCAGCAGCAGCAACAGCAACAGCAGCAGCAGCAGCUCCUGGAUUUGCCUUCUGAGCCGCAGCAGCAGGAGGCAGCAGCAGCAAGCUGCUGCAACGUCUCCCUUCCCUAUACAGAACACCGGCCGCAGCAAACAGCUGCGGCGACAGCUGCAGCAGCAGCAGCAGCAGCAGCAGCUGCUGCUGCUCGUCUCCCUUCCCUAUACAGAACACCGGCCGCAGCAAACAGCUGCGGCGACAGCUGCAGCAGCAGCAGGAGCAUUCAGUUGCUGACUAGCAGGCUGUGCCCACCUGCAGCAGCAGUAGCAACAGCAGCAGCAGCAGCAGCAGCAACAGCAGCAAAAUGUCUCGGAGCGACGGCAGCUCACUCUCACACACGAGCUCUGUUAUUCUUGCUGCACUGCAGCGCAGCAGCAGCAGCAGCAGCAGCAGCAGCAACAACAGCAGCAGCAGCAGCAGCAGCGGGGGGCAUCUGCUGCCUGAUGAGUUCAACAGACAGCAGCAGCAGCAGCAGAAUAAGUAUACCAGGGACAGCAGCAGCCCCUGGCCGUGUCUUGCUGCUGGCGAGCCCGCAGCAGCAGCAGCAGCAGCAGCAGCAGCUGCAGCAGCAGGAGCUGCUGCUGCUGCAGCAGAAGCAGAAGGAAGAGAAGAAGAUGAUGCAGCAGCAAGAGCAGCAGCAGCCAGGUAUGGGGGGAAUCGCCAUCGCUUUGGCGACAGCAGCAGCAGCAGCAGCAGCAGCAACAGCAGCAGCAGCAGCAGCAGCAGAGACAUGUUGA